CAGUUCAAAUUUGCAGAGAGGGAAAGAGAGAAAGGACAUGCUGGAGACGUUGUCCAAUUUUCCGAAGAUUUUGUGGAAAUUCUGACGGCAGAGCACAAGAUGUCUACACCGUUCCCGAAUCUCCUGCCUCGUGUGAACGACCCCCUGUGGUUCAGCUUGGACAAGCCUUGUGAUGAUGAGAGUGAACUACAUCAGAUGGAACAGGCUCACAAGUCUUGGUUAGAAAGCAUUGCAGAGAAGGACAAUGAUAUAGUUCCCAUUGGGAAGACAGCAUCAGAGACUCAUGAUGAUGAUGAAGAUGAUAACGAGGGAGAUGAUGAUGACUAUGAAGAUUCUGAUGAUUAUGAUUCUGUGGAUGACUUUGAUGGACCGUUAGAAACAGACAUGGGGGAGUCAGACUCGGAUAAUAUUGAUGGACAGGCACACAACUGACCAGCAGGUGGCUUCUUUCUGUUCAGUUCACGUUGGAGAAAACAUUGAUGUUCUGUUGGUUGGGUUGCUUCUUUUACCAAGUUUGGUCAAAAGUUGUUUCUUCAAGUUCAGUGUUGGAUCAUCGAUGCCUUUCACAUUUUGCAUCAUAUAUAUAGAAGUGACCUAUUAACAUGGCAACUACGGUUAUGAAGCAAUAUAUGUACAUAAUAUAGUUAUUGUAUAUGCACGUGUAUGUAUGUAUAGGGAUGGGACAGCAAGGAAGUAUAUUUGCAAAUCUAUCAUCUUUCCUCCAUAACUUGGUAUAUCAAUGGUGUACCACUAGUAUCCAGUCUGAGCCUGAAUGAAUAACAAGACAGAGGACCAGAGGUCGUAAAACACAAUCAAGGACACCAAUUGCAGAAGCCCAUCUAGCUAGCUACUGAAGGAGUUAUCAUUAGAGUGUAAAUAAAAGUAUGGGCAGGAUUUAACAGUAGCCCAACUACACAUGAAUGCAGAUAUAUCUUAGGUCGUAAAACAUGUGCAUACGCUGACCCAACUAGCUACCUUAAUUGGGAGCAAUUUUCUACGCCCCUGAUAACUAUCUUUUUUAUAUGUUUCAACUGCUCAUAAAGUGCACUCAUUCUAUUUUAUGUCCUUGGAGUUGCUACUUAAACUGACUGUUGCAUUAGAGCUAUGUUGAAGUAAUUCUCUUGCUCCAUAAGCAGGCAAUGCUUCAACGUGCUAAAUAGGGGACCUCACAUUUGGCAAUGGUUCAAUGGUAGUUAAGCACGUAAAAAAAGAACUUUGUACCACUUGAACUUGAGUGAAGAAGUUCAAUGUCACAUGUAACUUUGUGGUUUUUCAUCCUGGUAUGCAAGGCAGUCUGUCUACAUUGUCUCGUAUCAGACUAAAAAUUUGGGUACCGUUGUAUUUUGAUGUAACACACACACUCACUCACUCUACGUUUAACGUCUGUUGUUCCCCAUCCUGUGGGGGUUAGACGUGCUUGCAAGAUAAGCAGAUUUCAUUGAUAGUUGUGACUGAGUCUGAUUGUGGGAGGCAGGUAAUGUGUAGGAUGUACAUGUAUUCUUAACAAGAAAAUAUUGCAUUUAUUGACUGCUUGUGCCAAAUCUAAUUUUCUGACAAUUACAAGUUAUAUACUAUAAUAUAGCACUGGCAAAAUCAAAAGUGUAUUGUUCUCUACUGCCUAGAUAUGGAAAUACAUAUUUGCCUAAAUUGCUAUUUUUUAGUUUCGUGACAUUUUCAUUUGGGAAGCUGCAGGUCACUGGAUGUAUUCAACUUUUCCUUUAUCCAACCUCUGAAAACUUUUUUUGCUGAUGCUUUAUUCCUUGUAUUCCAUUGUGUUAACCAGUUGUCACUUGCCAAGUCUUCUCAGCUACAUAUACAUUAAUGAUAAUCCUCACAGUUUGUCUCUGAUUGACCUGCAAUUAAAGGAUAACCACCAGCAUUGUUCCUCCAGGCAUAAUUGUGCCCUGCACACUCAGGUUUUGCAAUUAGGCAGACACUAAUGGCUCCCUGCUGUCUAUUGCUUUUAAAGGGCCCAUUACUGCAGCUCUUCAGAGUUCAGAUGUGCAGAUACAAUUGUAGAGUUCAGUGUCUAAUGCAGCUACAUGUAUUAUCAAUGCCUGCAUACUACUUAUCUUUAUUUUGACAUUCUCUAUCUAUGUCUAUCAAGCAUUUUCAACACUUGUGAAAGCUGUCUUAAGAUGUGGUCUUUGGGUUUUUGCUAAUUCAUAGAUUUAUGGUAUCUGUACAUAUCUGUUAUGAAUAAUAUUGCGAAGACCAUAAUAGGACAUACUUAAGUGUAAAAUUUGUUUUAGGACAUUAACUGAAAAAUCCCUGAUUGGUAUUUAAAGAAAGUUGACUUCAAGAAAGCAGUAAAUACAGUAACAACUGAACAACUUGUCAGUAACUUCUCAUUGACACGUCAACAUCAUCUGCAAAGAGAUUUAAUAUUCUGUUCUCAUUUUCUAUUUAUAACGUACAAUUAGAAGAAAGGAGGUGGGAUUAAUCAAUACAAUCUAGUGACAUGUUAUUUAUAUAAUCAUGUACUGUAAAUAGAGAUAAGAUUGUAAGCGUACUGAUUUAUCUGGUACUUGUCAUGAGUACCAAGAAUUAAUGAA